AUGCUUGUGGUUCGCUUUGACAUCUCCACCAAUGGCGUAUCUGCGAGCAACAUCUCUUCCUCUGUCGUUAUCCGUACCUCUAAUUCUGGCAGCCUGUACAGUUCCUGUGAGAUUGUGUCUGGUGCCACAGUUUCUCUAGCCCAUGCUGCCUCUUUGUAUGCUCUUCCUGAUGGUCCCUUCUCGAGAAGCUGUCGACAUGGGUCUAGACGCAAUUUUGUUAACCAGAUUGCUCACACUGAAGUUGAUGCUCCACCGAUUCAUCGACCUGAGGAAGAUCCACUUAGGGAUGAUCUUAUCAAAGGACUUGAAGGUUUAACUGCUCAAUUAGCUGGUGGUUCAAAAUACAAAUCGACGCAAUUAUUCAAGCCAAGAAAUUCAAAACCUACAUCUCCAGAUCGUGUUGUAACAGACCUAGAAUUCCAAGAGCUGGAGAAGUAUCUAGGAAAUAACUGGAAAGCAUUUGGCCGUAAACUUGGAUUUAGCAAUGAAGACAUUUAUGUAUUUGAAAAAAAUAACCAAUCCAAUGUCACAGAUGCAAUGAAUGAUAUGCUUCAUGCUUGGAAAGCUAAAUUGGGAAAGGAGGCUACGGUAGGAAAACUUGUCCAUCAUUUGGACAAUUUUGAGCAUAUCAAUCCAGAAUCUUAUACGUUCCUGAUAAAUGAUACUAUGGAAGAACAUAAAUCAACACAAUUAUUCAAGGCAAGAAAUUCAAAGCCUACAUCUCCAUAUCGUGUUGUAAGAGACCUAGAAUUACAACAGCUGGUGAAGCAUCUAGGAAAUAACUGGAAAGCAUUUGGCCGUGAACUUGGAUAUAGCAAUGAAGACAUUUAUGUAUUCGAAAGAAAUAACCAAUCCAAUGUCACAGAUGCAAUGAAUGACAUGCUUCAAGCUUGGAAAGCUAAAUUUGGAAAGGAGGCUACGGUAGGAAAACUUGUCCAUCAUUUGGACAAUUUUGAGCAUAUCAAUCCAGAAAAUUAUGCAUUCCUGAUAAAUGAUACCAAGAAAGAUUAAUUCAAAUUACAGUUGUUUUACCACAAAAAAAUGUGUUUGGGUAUGAUAAAUUACUACAAUACAUUACUGUUAGAUGAUUACUGUUACUUAAUUUUAUUACUGUACACAGUAUUUGCUCUAGUUUUUAAACAUGUAGUACUUGAUGAUGUUCUACUUACUUUUUGUUUUAAGAGUACAUUAAACAGGCCUUAUGGACCUAAGCCACACCUCUCAGAUUUUGUUGCCAAGGUCCCACAAAAAGAUAGCAUAAACGUAUGAAUUUGUGGGACAAUCUUGUAAUCUCAGCAAUGUUCUGAUUGGUCAGUUGUUAAAUUUGAUUGUAGAAAGAUCAAUUGUAGAAUGAUAUGAUAAAAACUUGUCCAUGUUUUUUGUUUUAUAAAAAUCUGGGACUUAUUUUUAUAUCACCUCCAUACUUUUUAUCUUCAAUUGUAAUUGAUGUUUCCAGUUUCAUACAAUAUGCAUUCCAUCACUCAUCCUUCCCUGUCUAUAUCCAUUAUUUAUUCUUCACUCCUUAACACUGUCACAUUCCUUUCUCCAUUAAAUUGUCGCAAAAUUGUGAUCAUGUUUUCACCAGACUUCUUGCUGUGUUUUCUUCAGUAUUGUAAAAUUUGUCCUAUGCAGAGAGUGGCGUAAUGCAAUGAGUCAGGGGCAUAGACCUAUGGGGGUCACUGGAACAACAGGGCCCCAGAAAAUUCAUCGACUUAGCAUUGUUCUUUAUUAAGCAGAAUGUGUAAACAACAUAGAUACGCCCUGAAAACAUAAACAAUUUCCCGUGCACCAGAAAUAAGCCAGGUGCCAAAGGCCUCUUUGUCACUUAUACUCCUGGUCACAGACAUUUAAAGACUAGCCAAUUAUUUACAAAUUCAGAUACACAGUUUUAAUUGCUUUAAUCAUGUCUUUGAUAAAUUAUAACACAUUACCUAUUCUAUAUAGUAGAGUACUAUGUUUCAGUAAUUUUUUCAGGAUAUAUGCAAUGUAUAAAUAUCAAGUCUAUCUCAACGAACAUAAACCUUUGAUGCAAAAUGGUAAAAAAAUAAUUUGUUAUAAAUUAUUUACAGAUUAUAUACAAUAAUAGAUAGCGUCAUUAGUUAAAAAGGUCUGUACAAUAUUAUAUCAUAUGUUAUUAUUCAAGUAUUAUAUUCAUAUAUAAUGCUUAAGAAUCUAUGUCUUUAAUAAUCAUAAAAAAAAGGGUAAAGGAACAUUGGUAUGAGUCUAUUAUUCAUGCUUAAAGUGUACUCUAUAUAGAAAAAAAAGUCAUCCAUAUGUGGUUAAUAUUAUAGGCCUACAGAUAUUAUAGCAUUAGAAUCGUACAGGUUUGCACAAUUGAAUAUCAUGAUACCAAAACCAGUGAUGCAUACUCCAGGAAAUUAUUGUUAGUUCACAAUAUUGACAUAAACAGUCUAUUUCCGUCAACAAUAACAAUGCUUGGAAAAUUGUGUUUGAAAGAA